AUGGCUACAAAAAUAUCCUUCAAACCGGUGAAACCGGACCGAAUCGUGAUACCCAAGGACAUGAGCGUGACGCUGUCAGAGCAAGAGGCGCAGCUGUGUCAGCUCCUCGAUGAGUGCACACGCAAACUAGAAGAAGAGAAGGGCGUCAAGACGUCAUGUCGCAUUGCCGGAGGCUGGGUCAGAGAUAAACUCCUGGGAGAUCAAAGUCACGACAUCGAUAUCGCCCUGUCAGACAUGAUGGGCUACCCUUUUGCCGUCGACUUCACCGAGUUCGCCAGCAGCAAAAGCUUAGAAGUUAAACCCAUCCACAAAGUCAAGGAGAAUCCCGGGCAAUCCAAACACCUGGAGACGGCCAAGACGACUGUACUCGGACUUGAGCUCGACUUCGUGAAUCUCAGGGCGGAGGAGUAUGCGGAUAGUAGUCGGAUCCCUACGAAGAUGACUUUCGGUACACCUCUGCAGGAUGCGCAAAGGCGUGAUACGACGAUCAAUGCUCUCUUCUAUAAUGUGCAUACUCGCACUGUGGAAGACCACUGUGGCACGGGUUUAGAGGAUCUGAAAGCAGGUAUCAUACGCACACCUCUGGCACCCCGACAGACCUUCUUGGAUGACCCUCUACGUGUCAUUCGAUGUGUGCGAUUUGCAAGCAGGUUUGGGUUCGAGAUGGUGCCGGAACUCAUCAAAAGUGCGAGUGACCCCGAGAUCCAGACAGCUCUUACGCAAAAGAUAUCCCGAGAACGUGUGGGCGAGGAGAUCGACAAGAUGAUGUCCGGUCGCAAUCCUCUGCACUCAAUAUAUCUGAUCGACUCGCUGAAACUCUUCACGUCGAUAUUCCACAUACCUCCUACUUCUACACCAGAACUCUCCUCAGAACCUGGUCCCUCAGCUACCGCCGUAGCUGCAGCAUCCAUACUAUACAGCUUCCUUCAUCCAGAACGAUCGAUCUUCCCGCAUCCUCCUCUCCACCCACUCUUCACGUCGUCACUAUCACCAUCUUCUAUCCCACGCCUCUAUUUGGCAUGCGCACUGACUCCUUAUGCCGGCGUGACCUACAUUGAUUCCAAAGGCCACGAGAAGUUGGCGGUGGAGGCAGCCAUUCGCGAGGGCCUGAAGAGCGGAAGGAAGAACCACUACGAGGAUGGUAUCCCGGAGCUCUUCCAAGCGGCCUCGAGACUGCGCGAACCACGUCUUGACUCGGAGCGUCUGCCACAGCCAAGCGACCGCGUUGCCAUUGGCCUUCUUCUACGGGACCCGAUCGUACAUAAUCCCUCCGUCAGGGACUCGCACUGGACGUCGUCGCUACUGUUCUCCCUCGUUCAAGAGCUUGUAAGCUUCUAUGACAUUGAACACGACGUAUUCGAUGUCGAGAAGGCUUCCGCUUGCAUCGGCGUCUACAACAACUUCGUGCGGCGAGUGGAAGAGCUCGACCUCGUCUCAGCCAUCGACGCGAAACCAAUCCUCGAUGGACGCUCCUUGGCACAGACACUCGAGCUGAAGCCCGGUCCAUGGACGGGCAAAGUCCUCGCAGACGUUGUCAAGUGGCAGCUUGGUCACCCUGAAGGGACGAGGGAACAGUGCGUCGAGUGGCUGAAGGAAGAGGUUGCGGCGGGCGCUUGGGCGGAAGACCUUCGCGCAACGGCGCAGCACACUGUCGUCAAGCGCGCCAAGGGUGCACCCAAGGACGGAGGAUCGAAGAAAAAUAAGCAUUAG